AUGCUUGCCGCAUUUGCCGAGCACGGGCAUCUGCGCGACGCCCAGGAUCUCUUCCAGGCGAUGCGCGAGAGGAAUCUGAUCUCCUGGUCGACGCUGCUGUGCUGCCUGGCGCGAGCCCAGGGCGCCGCCGAUGCCAAGCGCGUCUUCGAUUCCAUGCCCGAGCACUGCCUCGUGUCCAGCACCGCGAUGCUGCGAGAAUUCGCCCAGUCCGGCCACGCCGCCGCCGCCUGGGAGCUCUUUGAUUCCCUGCCCGAGCGCGACAUCGUGUGCUGGACCGCGAUGAUCAUUUGCGGCGAUCAUCCGGGGAUCCUGGAGAAAUCGCGGCGCGCCUUUGAAUCCAUGCCGGAGCGAAAUGUCGUCUCCUGGAAUGCGAUGCUCGCGGCGGCUGCUCGAUCCGGCUGCGUCGACGAGGCCGAGUACCUGUUUAGAUCCAUGCCGCGGCGUGACAUCGUCUCCUUCACGAUCCUCCUGGAAGCCCUGGCUACCGCCGGGCACCUGCGCGACGCAAGAACCCUAAUUUCCAAAAUGCCAGAGCAAAACAUCUUCUCAUCAACGGCCGCGAUAGUCGCGUAUGCCCGGGAAGGGCAUCUCGAGGAUGCCGAAAGCAUAUUCUCUUCCAUGCUGGAGAGAAACGUUGUGGCACACACUGCAAUGCUCAACGCUUACAGCUUAGCUGGGCGCGUAGAGCAAGCCAAACGAAUAUUCGACUCUUGCCUGGAGGAAAAUGCCAUAUCUAGAAAUGCUAUGCUUGCAGCAUAUGCCUCAAAUGGGCAUCUAGAAGAUGCUCUUUGCCUGAGCGAUGGGAAUCUCAUCGCCCAAAACGCGCUACUCGCGGCAUAUACCAAUAACCAUCACUCCGAUUGUGCAAGAGAUACCUUUAAAAAAAUGAAGGAAAGAGAUGUUUACACGUGGACGACAGCGAUUCACGCAUUUUCCCAGGAAGGGCAUCUUGCCGACGCUAAGCUCGCGUUUGAUAGAAUGGAGGAAAGGAAUCUCGUCUCCUGGAUAGCUAUGCUGACGGCAUAUUCUCGGAACGGGCAUAUUCGAGAGGCGAAAACCCUGUUCUUGCGGAUGCCUGGCCACAAUGUGGAUUCCUGGAACGCAAUGCUGGCGGCGCUCCUCCACGGCGGGGGAUCUCUCGACGCGAUCGAUCUCUUCUUCGCGCUCCCAGCGAUGGCUAUCGAUCCCAGCGACACUUCCUUCAGCUGCGUCCUCGCGGCGUGCAGCCGGGUUGGAGAUUUCAGUCGCGCCAGGGCGUGCUUCCGGUCGAUGAGCGUGGAUUACGCGCUCCAGCCGACGAGGCAGCACCACUGCUGCGUGAUCGAUGCGCUGGGCCGCGCGAAAUACGUCGCGAGCGCGAGGGAUCUGCUGGAGAGCAUGCCGUUUGUGCCGGAUCCACUGGAUUGGCGGUGUCUGGCAGGCGCGAUUGCGAUAAUCUAA